CUGUCAGCAACCCGGCGCGGUUUGCACUUGGCCGCCGCGGGAGCGUCUCCUGCUCGCGUGACAGACAGGGGCGGGGGUCCUGCACGUGGGAACCACUUCUCUUUCCUUUGGGCUCCGCUCGCACCGGCCACAGCCACAAGUCAGGACCCUGCACGCUCCUGGAUGUGGCCGCCCCGGGCGCGAUGGCUCCCGUGAGGCGUGGGGAGGGAGGUGGCCGGGGACUUGACGGUCCCCUCGCGCCCGGAGCGCAAUGAGCCGGGCAGAGGGCGGCAGCAGCGGUCCUAGCUGGCUCCUUCCGCGGGCUUCCGCCCCUCGGCCCCGAGCACCAUGCUGACCUCUGGCCUGCACAGCCCGCGGCGCAGCCCCCGCUGCCUCCCCGGCCCCUGCUAACCCACGCCAAGCGGGCGCCGAGCCCCGGGGAAGGCGGAACCGUGGUGCGCCCUGAGCCCCAGCCGCGAGUCCCUCCCGGAGCCCGGCCGCGCGUCCCUCUGGCCGCCCAGCGCGCGCAGCGGCGAUGGGGGCGCUGCUGGCGCUCUGUCUCCUCCUGGGCUGGCUGCGCUGGGACCCGGCGGUCGCCCAGCAGCCCGGCGAGUACUGCCACGGCUGGGUGGACGUGCAGGGCAACUACCAUGAGGGUUUCCAGUGCCCAGAGGACUUCGAUACGCUGGACGCCACCAUCUGCUGCGGUUCCUGCGCGCUCCGCUACUGCUGCGCUGCGGCCGACGCCAGGCUGGAGCAGGGAGGCUGCACGAACGACCGCGGCGAGCUGGAGCACCCCGGCAUCACUGCACAGCCUGUCUACGUUCCCUUCCUGAUCGUCGGCUCCAUCUUCAUUGCAUUCAUCAUCUUGGGCUCUUUAGUGGCUAUUUAUUGUUGUACCUGUCUGAGACCCAAGGAGCCCUCGCAGCAGCCAAUCCGCUUCUCGCUCCGCAGCUAUCAGACGGAGACCUUGCCCAUGAUCUUGACCUCCACGAACCUCAGGGCACCUUCCCGGCAGUCCAGCACAGCCACCAGCUCCAGCUCCACAGGUGGUUCCAUCCGCAGGUUCUCUUUUGCCAGGGCUGAGCCAGGCUGUCUGGUACCCUCACCACCCCCUCCUUAUACCACAAGCCACCCAAUCCACCUGACCCAGCCGUCCGGUUUCCUUGUGUCACCCCAGUAUUUUGCUUACCCUCUCCAGCAGGAGCCCCCGCUACCUGGGAAGAGCUGUCCAGACUUCACUUCCACCUGACCGCACAUGGCCAUGAAGCUACUGUGUGUAGUCAGUGGCAGACAGAUGGAGCACUGUAGCCGUUGCCACACUGAGAGCUCCCCUGUAACCACUCCUCGUCAUGGAAGAAAGUGCUAGGAAGAUACAGUGCCUUCUAGUCUUAGGGUCUUAGCUCUAGUCACAGAAGGUUUGGCUUUACAAGCAUCGUGACCAUUCCAUUUCAGUUUAUGCUAUUUUUAUGAAAAAUGCACAACAGUUUGACUUUAAAGUUGCAGUCUGGCCGAAAAUUCAGCUACACUGCCUAGAAGAGAAAUACAUGUUCCUUUUUAUGUGUUUAUCAAGUUACAUACAAAUAUAUAAGUAAAUACCUAAUUGUGAUUAUCAAAGUUUCACUUAAAAAUUAACUAUUAAGUAAACUUGAGGGGACAGGGAACCACCUAUUUAUAACUUUGGGAGUAAUCUAACCAUGAAUAAUAUUAGCACGGUGAGAACAUUUACUUUUUAAAUUAAUAACUAAAUUUUGUUUAAAAUGUGAGAGUUUUGUCAUAAUACAAGAUUUCAGUAACCAUAUGGAUUUAAAGUUUUAAAUAUGCACUUAGACAUUCAUUGUAACAGAGGUUCUAUGUGAAAUCACUUUCCCUACACACCAGAGGGAAUAUUUAUUACAGACUUUUGUUCAGCAACAUUUAGUGUUUAAAUGAAAGUUGGACAAUUGGGUCUUAAAACAUUUAUUUGUAAAAUGAGUUAUGUAUAAAUGUAAAGAACUGUAAUUUAAUGUACUUACCACAUUGACGAUACUAAAUAUUUAGUAGUCACACUGUGAUUUUUAUGUUAAUAACUCUGGAAUUUAAAGUAAAGCUAUUGGUGUAAUCAUUUAAUAUCACAUGUCUCAAAUGCCUCUGAGUUCCAUGUCUAAUGAUUACAUAUUUGGGCAUAUAACCUGCUGGGUUAGAAUAAAUAAAAUAAUUUUCAUGAAUUCUAUUUGAAAUUUUAAA